AUGCGCGAUUCUGUUGCCGGCUUCCGUCAAUUAAGACAAUUUUCAUUCUUGCAACAUAUGGACCAGCAACCUCUUGAGAAACUUACUUACCCUAACCCUAACCCUGAGAGUCUCUGGCGGGAGUGGGCUCCAGAGACCGGUUCUUACAUGAAUGAGGGAAACCCUUUCCACUCAAACUUCAAGACGGACUUUUAUGGGAAUUACUACCACCAGCUGCUAAGGAUCAAGAGCAAGUACGAUGCCAGUAACAGCUUUUGGGUUCUCUCCGGUGUGGGAAGUGAUGACUGGGAUUACAACUUAAACUCUGGGAAUUGCAUUGCUAACGAAGACUCUGCUCGUGCAGCUGCUGUGGAGAUGGACGUAGCAGCUAAGGCCCUUGGCGCUUAUAUCCCUACUACCAACGAUAUCUUCGACUACUUACCCGUACCCUCCCUUGUCGUAUCAUCUUCCUAUCGUAUACAGAGGGUUUCUGUCGGCUUACUGGAAGCCUGGGGUCGAAGUCGUGAGGGCCUUAUUGAUCAAGACCUCUUUGUUGCUCUUUACCAAGGUUCGCCGACUGAACGAUUUGAUCGUAUACCAUUUGUAUACGCUAUCGAGACAGCCAUCGAGUCCAGAGAUCUCCGUCUAUGCUAUGCGGCGUACAUUGCGAAUGACGUCGCUUGGACGGCGCGCAUCAAGCCCGUACACAAGGAUGAUGAACUCCUCUGCCUGGUGGUCGAAUGGGAAAAAGCUGAGAUCCACGUCACCGUAGCCGAUGGCGGAAUGGUACAGAGCUGGCUACCUAUUGAUGAUGCCUUUGGCAUCCUCAUCCAAGCCGUUAAAGACUAUGCUAUCUUUCUGCUCGAUACUCGUGGGAACGUCAUGACUUGGAAUCGUGGAGCCGAAUUGAACAAAGGUUACAAGAAGGAAGAAAUCGUGGGCAAACAUUUUUCGACAUUCUACGGCGAGGAAGACACCCAAUCCGGGAAACCUGAAAGGGAACUGGAGAUUUGUUUACGCGAAGGCAGAGUGGAGGAUGAGGGCUGGCGCUAUCGUAAGGACGGUAGCAGGUUCUGGGCUAACGUCGUUAUCACGGCUAUCUACAAGAACAACAUGCACGUCGGCUUCGGCAAAGUCACACGAGACCUCACCGAGCGAAAAGAGGCAGAGUUACGUUUAAUUGCGGCUCACGAGGAGAGCGCACGGUUAAAGAAUGAUUUUCUGGCAAACAUUAGUCACGAAAUCCGUACACCAAUGCAUGGUGUACUCUCUGCUUGUUCGCUCCUCCUUGACAGUCACUUGACCGAGGAACAGCGCGAGACGGCCAAUAUGAUUGAAGAAUCUGGUCGCGUGCUAUUGCGAAUUAUCAAUGAUAUACUCGACUACUCCAAGAUUACAGCUGACAGUUUUACCAUCCAGAAGGGUAAGGUCGACAUCACCAGUCUGGUUACGUUGGUGGUGCGUGCAUUACAGCCCGCUGUCCAACCGGGAGUCUCUAUGAAAGUGAGCCUCUCACCACACCUACCGAAGUUUGCAGAGGGCGAUCCUCUGAGAUACCGUCAGAUCUUUGAAAACAUUCUCAGCAAUGCUGUUAAGUUUACCGAACUUGGGUACAUUCUGGUGCGGGUAACGCCUCACGCUGAAGAUACAACCACCUACACGAUUUUGACAGAGAUCGUCGACACUGGUUAUGGAGUUACAAUAGAUGAUGCGAAGGAGUUGUUCAAGCCAUUCACGCAACUGGAUACCCCAAUCCACAAACGUCGCCCAGGGACUGGACUUGGGCUUUCCAUCGCGAAAUCACUAGCUUCGAUGUUGGAAGGUGAUAUUGGAUAUAAACCAAAUCCAGAACGCCAGGGUAGUAACUUUUGGUUCACAUUCAAUCUACGGAAGCUCGACUCCCAUCAGAAAGCCCAACCCGUUCAGAAUCUGCCUGAUUCCGAUAUUGAACAAUUACCACAAGAGUCUUUCGAUGGCGAAGACCUUGCCAAGCCACUCAGACAACUUGCUACCAUCUCACCUUCAAAACGGAUUCUCGCGGCGGAGGAUAACAUCAUCAACCAGAAAGUUCUUGUCGGAAUGCUCCAUAGCUUUGGAUUCCAGCACAUAACUGUGGUCUCAGACGGCGCCCAGGCUGUUUCGUCCAUUUUGGGAGCACCUGACAAGUUUGACUUGGUUCUUAUGGAUAUAAGUAUGCCUGUUAUGAAUGGGUACGAGGCGACGGGUCAGAUACGAAGUAAAGGUAUAGAGUUACCUGUGAUUGCUAUGACCGCCUACGCGUUGAAGGGCGACAUGGAGCAUUGUUUGGAUAAGGCGGUGUCAAUUACCCGAGCCACGGACCCGACUUGCAACGUCACCUUGCAAUACACCUUGAGUGACGAGGAUCGUACCGCCUGGGAUGUAAUGGACCAGGGCUCCUACGACAUAACGAAAGAAAUGGCAGGCGGCGAUGCGCACCAGUCUGGUAUCGAAUGGUGGAAUGAGGCAUCUCACAAAUGGUGCAAGACGAAACCACCAGUCGAAACUAUUCGAAUCCCUGGUGUUGUUCAUGAGUCAAGCACUUGUUUCAUGGGACCUAAGGAGGUCGGUAGUUCUGUAGAUGAGCUCUAUCGCCCUCAUGGUAUUGAGAAUGUUAAUGUUACUGGCUCCGCUCUUUUCCCAACUGCGGGUAGUUGA